AACGUAUUAUUAUAAAACAGGACACCUUGUUUAGAACUUUAGAUUCAUGAAUCUCUAACACAAAUUGCUGUGUGUAUAUUGAAAAUGAUUGAUUGUUGUUGACGAGAAAAUUUGGCCCCAAAAAAAAAAAAGUAUUGAUGGGAAAAAGAUAAAACAGAAAGAGAAAAACUUGCGUCAAAUUUAACUGAAUUAAUCACCGACGAAGCGCAUAAACUGAUAAGUCCGCCUCUUCAAUGGAGUAACGCAUCAUAUCAUAAAUCAUAAGCAAACGCCAUCGGCUGCGCAACCUCGCCUCUCAUACUCAAUGGAUUUCUUCAAGGCCGUGUUCUCCGACGAUCCGCCGCCGCCACCCCCGGUUUCUCAUGGAUCCAGAGAACAUGACCCUGAUGAACCCGAUCCGAGUCCCGCUCCGGUUCAGAGUUCCGACCCUAACAACGCCUGGAACUUUGGAGGUCUCUUUCAGACCCUUGCUUCCAAAUCCGAGUCAGUUAUCGGCACCUACCGCCGCGAUCUUGAGGAAUUCAGUUCUGGAUUGAGGAAAGAGACGGCGAUUAUUCGAGAAGCUGCUUCACGCGCCGUCAAGGAUCUCCCUGCUUCGCUUGAUGUUGGCGCGUCGGUUGCUCAGGAGUCGCUUGAGUCGGUGGGCCAAGCCAUAGACGAUAUCGGCAGCUCGGUAUGGAAAUCGACGACCAAGAUUAUCUCUCGGGGUAGGGAUUCUCUUUUAGCCGAUGAUUCUGAUUUCGUUCCUUCUGAUUACAACGAUAAUGGUAGGAACGUUUUUGGUAAGCAGCGAUUGAGUACUAGCAGUAAUCAGAGUUCAGAUGUCAAGCCGUACAGCAGGUUCGAUGCGCUCGUGCGUGCUCUUCAGAAUGAUGUUAACACAUAUGUGGAGGAACCCGAAGAUGUGGAAAAUUACAAUGAGUGGAAAGCAGGGUUUGAGUUGGAUAAGAAGGGGCAGGAGAUUCAGGACUUGUUUGCGGAGAAUGGGGUGAUUGAGGAGAUAUAUGGCGAGGUUGUCCCCAUUAGGAUCGACCAUGAAAGCUUCUGGAGCAGGUAUUUCUAUAGGAUGCAUAAACUGAAGCAGGCGGAGGAUGCCAGAGCUAAGCUUGUUAAGCGUGCGAUCUCUGGGGAUGAAGAGGAGGAUCUGAGUUGGGAUUUUGACGAUGAUGAUGAUGGGUAUGAAGCAAAAGGUGAUUCCAGUGCGGUGACGUUGGCAAAGGAGGAAGAUUCCACUGAAGUUGCUGGUGGUGGUGGUGCUUUUGAGAGUGUUGAGACUAAGAAGGUAGAUUCGGAGAUAGAAAAUGAUGCGAACGGUUUUGCGUCUGAAUCUGGAACUGAUGGCGGGUAUAAGUCGGAGGUUAAGGAUCCUGAACAUGUGGCAUCAAAUGCUCCUGGAAGUGCCAGUGGAAGUGGGGAUAAGUUAGAAGCUAAAUAUCAAGACCAAGCAGCAUCAGAAGUUAAAACAGAUAACAGUGAAUCUUGCAAAGAUAGUGAUAUUUCAGUUGUUUCAAGCCAGCCAUCGAUGCCUGAGGAAGAAGACCUCGGCUGGGAUGAGAUUGAAGAUAUGGGAAGCAAUGACGAGAACAAAGCAGAUGCAUUCGGAACCACUAGUAGAAUUGAUUUGCGAAAGAGGUUGAGUUCAGAUGAACAAGAGGAGGACCUUAGUUGGGAUAUUGAAGAUGAUGAUGAGGCUGUCAAAUCAUGACAAAAUUUUCUGUUCAGUAUUAUUAAUGCUUUAAUCCAAUGAUUGCGUUAUAUUGCAAACCCUUACCAAGGGCAUAAUUUUUUCCCCUGUAGCAUAACAUUGUAAACAAACUCUUUUUUUAUGCUUUACGCAAGUUUAGGUAAAUAUGUAUUGGAUUCUUAUGUUUUGAUGUAGAGAAGAUUGUUUUGCAUCAAAAGAAUGAAGCAAAAGAGUCAAGUGAAUCUACAAAA